AUGAGUUGUGAAAAUGCUAAAUCAAAUACUGAUCCUGGGGAAACACCAUCGGAAGUUCCGAAUGAAGCCAGGACAACUCCAGCAGAAAACGGAGUGAAUCACACUACAUCCUUGGCACCCAAACCACCCUCCCAGGCUCUCCACAGCCAACCAGCUCCAGGUUCUGUAAAGGCACCUGCCAAAACAGAAGAUCUUAUUCAGAGUGUUUUAACAGAAGUGGAAGCCCAGACCAUCGAAGAGCUAAAGCAGCAGAAAUCGUUUGUGAAACUUCAAAAGAAGCACUACAAAGAAAUGAAAGACCUGGUUAAAAGACACCACAAGAAAACCACUGACCUAAUCAAAGAACACACUACAAAGUAUAAUGAGAUUCAGAAUGACUACUUGAGAAGGAGGGCAGCUUUGGAAAAGACAGCCAAAAAGGACAGUAAGAAAAAGUCAGAUCCCAACAGUCCUGACCAUGGUUCAUCAACGAUUGAGCAAGAUCUUGCUGCCCUAGAUGCCGAAAUGACCCAAAAGUUAAUAGACUUGAAGGACAAACAACAGCAGCAGCUGCUUAAUCUUCGACAAGAGCAGUAUUAUAGUGAAAAAUACCAGAAGCGAGAACACAUUAAACUGGUAAGCCCAAGAAAUGCUGUUGUGUUUGUAUAGCU